AUGGCGUCGUCAUCCCAGCUGGCUCUUGGGUUGUCUGUGCCCCCAUAUACGGCGCACGCGAUCAGUGUUUCGCUUCCGUUAUGGAGUGAUGUUAUUGGCUAUGAAGAGCAAGAAAAACGCGUUUUGGAAAGCAUGACCACAGGAUACCCUCGCUUCUUUAUUCACCGCAGCAUACAAAAGUUGGCGAAGAUAUGCGAACAGAAGUUUGGCACGCGAAACGAAAAAUGCUUGCUCUUUCCAACCGUCAGAGUAGCAAGCCAAUGCCGCACCUUCAUCCAGACCCGCUCGGCAGAACCUGUUACACCGCGAUUGAUCCACUUCUCUAUCUGCCCGGAGGAUAAGCACCCCUAUGAGGACAGCGCCUUGAUUUCUUCGGCCCCAGCAAACCUCCACAUCGUUCUUUUCCCGGCUGAAAUAUUCCCGAUUGCAAAACAAUUCUGGCAACACGCUGGACUCGGCAUCUCAAGUCGUCUCGCCGAACAUUGUCUCUCCCUUCUCCCAGACGACCCUGCUUCCCCCACCAACGGUAUCCACACCCCCCGAAAAGGGUACCACAAGCAUUAUUCAGCACGGAAAGGCAGCCCGCCAUCGGCUUCCCCUGUGGAAACAAUUGCUCCUGCUCUGGAUAACCUCAGCUUAGAUCAUUCUGUCUAUCUCGAAGAGCGCUACGGGCGAAAUCUUCCCUUCAGUUUGGCUGCAUCCGCAAAACGAGCUCUGCGGAGACGUAUUGCUGGUGUUCUUUUGCGUGACAAUUACAGUGACGGUUCUGACGAACCAGGUGCUGGCGACGACAACGCCAUUCUCGGGCCGAGCUCCCGUGGAGUCAGCAACUUCUCAGAGAACGAUGUAUUCCUUUAUCCGACUGGGAUGGCGGCGAUUUGGAGCUCGCACCAGCUCAUCCUGGGGGCUCUGCCUGCUCAGAAAUCUGUUUGCCUUGGAUUCCCCUACACAGACACCCUCAAGGUCCUCCAAAAGUGGGGUCCCGGUUGCCAUUUCAUCGGUGAUGCGAAUAUCGACAGCCUGGAGGAGCUUCUGGAGGAAGAAUCAGCUCGUAACCCGACUCGGCCACCCAUCCUUGCACUGUACACCGAAUUCCCCUCUAAUCCAUUGCUGCGUUCAACUGACCUUUCCCGGCUCCGUCUUCUGGCUGACAAAUACAACUUCCUCCUCGUUGUCGACGAGACUGUCGGCAAUUUCUUGAAUGUGGAGGUGUUCCCGUUCGCCGACAUUGUAGUCAGCAGCUUGACGAAGGUGUUUAGUGGGUAUUCAAAUGUGAUGGGCGGAGCCCUGUGUCUGAACCCACAAGGCACACGAUAUAACCUGCUCAAGGCACAUCUUGAAACAACCUUCGAAGAGGACGCCUAUUUCGGCCAAGACGUGAUUUACAUGGAGCGCAACUCACGCGACUUUCACCGGCGCGUCAAGGUCAUCAACGACAACGCACUAGCCGUCUGCCAGUUCCUGCAAUCCAAAACCACAGAGUCGAAUCCAGUUGUCAAGCAGGUCUUUUAUCCCAAGUUCGUCACGCCAGAGAACUACGAGAAGUGUCGCAUCAAGCGAGACAACGGGCAGGAGAGUGGUGGCUACGGCGGACUGUUUUCAGUGACAUUCACGUCUCUCCCAGCAGCACGGGCUUUCUUCGAUGCACUUCCUUUCUUUAAAGGACCCAGUUUGGGGACAAGCUUUACCUUGGCUUGCCCCUACGCAGUCCUUGUUCAUUACACGGAGAUGGACUGGGCAGCACGAUUCGGUGUGGAGGAAACAAUGGUGAGGGUCAGCGUCGGGCAAGAAGAGACAGCAGCCCUAGUAGAGGGCUUCAGGGCAGCAGUGGAGGCAGCUGAAAAUGCAUGA